AACACACUGGACAGCCAAAAUCGACAAUGGCGUCCUCUUUCCAUAAAGGUUUUAUAAGAGCACCGACUAUCUUCUUUGUUAUGCUGUAUGUCGUUACCUCUAUAAGACAACAAGAGACAAUCACAGUUGCUUAUCCCUCUCUUGAUCCCUGCUCCAACUACACUGUGCUGGACGAACCAUGGAGAGCCUCCAGAAAUCAGUCAUCAGUCUACUACAUGUGUGAUGGAUGUGUCACCUGGAGCGGCUGGUAUCGUCUCUUCAUUAACAGUCUGAACGCUCAGAUCCCAGACACAUGUAUUGUUCAGUACAGCUGUGGCACUGAUAUUCCACUGUGGAUUCGUGGUGGACACCCAAGAGUUCAAGAUGGAGUCGUCACUCGAGAUGUCUGUGGUCACUGGAACAAUGACUGCUGCUAUAACGGGUCUUACCCCAUUAAAGUCAAAGCCUGUCCAGGCAAUUAUUAUGUCUAUGAGCUGAUAAGUCCAACUAAAUGCUCUGCAUACUGUGCAGUUAAAAAUAUAACGCUGCCGGAAGGAUGCACUGAACAGACUACUCUAAAAUGUCUGCAAAAUCUUCUUGAGCAGAUUGAGAACAUUACAGCUCAAGAGCUUCCUGUGAAUACUGUGGUGGACAUUUUGAAUACGGUCUUCAACACUACAGAGAAGAUUUUAGAGUCAUUAUCAACAGCAAGCCCAGCUGAACUAGCCUCCUAUGGAAACCGUGUGUUAAAAGCCAGUGAGAAACUCAUCUCUACAUUAGUGAAGCCGACAGCCACAAAUGACAGUGUCAGUUUUACUCUCGCUGCUCUAGAUGUAGAAGUCUUCAUGGUUGGACCAAAUGUCACCUUAGAGAAAAUCCCUCAACUUGAAACAACAAAUUCCUCUGUGGACAUCGAUCUCAUUGGAAUCGCCAAAAACAACAAUAAAACAAGAUCAGCUGCUGUGGCUUUCAUGAGCUACGUCACGAUGAUGGAAAAACUACUGAAGCCAGACUUCUUCAAAACAUUAAACAACACGAUUAAAACCAUGAUGUCCACUGUGAUCUCAGCUACUCUUCCCAAAACCACCAACACUACACUCACCAAACCAGUCAACUUCACCUUCAGACACAUCAGAGAGUUUGAUCCCAGUGGUUCUCUUUCCUGUGUGUACUGGAAUAUCAGCGAGUGGAUUGUAGAUGGUUGUUCUGUUUUAAAGACCAACAGCAGCUACACUGUGUGUUCCUGUGUUCAUCUGUCCACAUUCGCUCUCAUCAUGCAGACCAGCCGCCCACGAGAGAGUGACCCGCUGCUGGAACUGUUGAAUUUGGUGUGUGUGAUCGUGGGGCUGGUGUUCUUCAGUUUGGCCCUGUUGACCUUUGCCCUUUGUCAGUGGAGUCCUGGAGUGAAUAAUGAGGCUCGAAUCAACAUCUGCAUCAGUCUUCUGCUGGCUCACCUUCUGUUCCUGCUCACACAGCAGUUCCUGAGCCUCAUACGGCGUCAGCAGGUGUUGUGUGCCGUGAUCUCAGGCCUUCUGCACUUCCUCUUUCUCUCCGGCUUUGUGUGGAUGUUCAUUGAAGGUGUGCUGCUCUUCAUCUGUGUGAAGAACCUAUCACAGAUCAGCUCCAAGAAGAGGAAGGUGCUUAGCACUGGAUUCCUGUGUGUGAUUGGAUAUGUGGUUGCUCUGGUUGUGGUGUGUGUGUCUGUCGGUCUGGUUCCUGACGGCUACGGCAGUGAACACUGCUGGAUUAAGCUGGAUAACGUCUGGAGUUUUCUGGGACCUGUUUGCGUCAUACUUGCAUUAAACAUGAUACUCUUUGUCUGCAUCAUUAUCUGGCUGAACUUAUCUCUCACAAAACUGAACGCCGAUGUUUCACAGUUGAAAAAAAACAAGGUUAUGGUGUUUAAAACACUGGCUCAGUUUGUGGUUCUUGGUUGCCCCUGGAUUUUGGGUUUCUUUAUUAAUGGCAGUAAGGAGCUGGAGAUCAUCUUCCUGAUCUUGAACUCCCAGCAGGGAACCUUCAUCUUCCUGAUCUACUGUGUUCUCAAUAAUGAGGUCAGGCAGCAGUACAGGAAGUUCUUCAGAUGUCUUUGCUGUGGACACAAAAAAGACUGAGAACUACAGCAUCAUGUUCAGGAAAUGAGUGAAGUGCCAUUAUUAUAAAAGUGA